UUGCCUAACCCCUUUUGUUGAGUUUUUGUGAGGGCUCACAUAUUCUCGCAGGGAUACCCUCCGGAGGUUUAUUCCGAUUUCCCGUACUGAUUGGUUUUCUUUGAUGGCAUCAGCUUGGGAGAAUCUCAGGGUUGCUUAUCCUUUAAUUGCUGUAACUUCGGAUCUUGAUCCGUGUGGAUAGCUGACUCAGGCAUUCACCGAUACGGUACCCGGAGGAAUCAACAGAGAGCAAUGGAAGGUGUACAAGCAGAGCUCGCUGAGAUGAGGGCCCGCAUGACCCAAUUCAUGGAUGUGGUUGAAGGGGUGGCUCAGGGACAACAAGAGCUCAGGCAGAUAAUACAGGGGAAUCCCCCUGCUCAACCAGAGACAGUGACUGAACCUCCAGCUGGAGAGGUUAACGGACCCAGUGGACCGGGGCCUAUCCCGAUCCCGCAUGCCAACCCCGGUCAACAUACCGUUCAUGAUGAUCAGGACGAUCAGUUUCCCCCACUUCAGGAAGACUUUGGCAUGGGUCAUGGCGUAGACCCCAUGUUCAGGAGAUUGGAAGAGAGGUUGAAGGCAGUGGAAGGACAGAAUCCUUUGGGAGUAGACGUUGCUGACUUAGGGCUGGUCCCAGGUGUGAGAGUGCCACCAAAAUUCAAAGUCCCGGUCUUUGACAAGUACAAGGGCAACUCUUGCCCCAAGACUCACGUGCAAGCCUAUUUCCGUAAAAUGGUUGCAUACUCUGAUGACGAGAAGCUACUUAUGUACUUCUUCCAGGACAGCCUAGCUGGGGCAUCCUUGGAAUGGUAUAUGAGACUGGACAGAGCCCACAUCCGUUGCUGGAGGGAUUUGGCGGAGGCCUUCGUGAAGCAGUAUCAGUAUAAUGCAGACAUGGCUCCGGACAGAACUCAACUUCAGAAUCUGUCUCUUAAAAGCAAUGAGUGCUUCAGGGAAUACGCUCAACGCUGGAGGGAGACAGCUUCCCGUGUUCAGCCCCCUAUGUUGGAGAAAGAAAUGGCCAACAUAGCAGCUGCUUCAGACUCCGUCAAAAAUCUGUAUGCUGUCAUUGUUGAUGAAUUCUGA